UGCUGGAAACGCACAAGAAGAAGAGUGUAAACGGAAGUAAACAAUGACAAAGAACAACUUCCACGUCAGCGUUUUUAUUGUUGUUAUUUAGAUGUUUAUUAACAUGAUGGAACUAAAAAUAUGAAUAAUUUAACUGCACAGCAUCACAUACUUACCCAAUGUUGUAUUUAAUUCGCGUUGGAGACAGGACUUGGUUGAUAGACGUUAUUUAGGUAACGCUAGCUAGCUAGUUGCUAACGUUAGCUAAACGUAACAAUGGCUAACUGUAUGGUUUUCCACACUCAAAUAGCCUCCAUCAUGGAGGUUCUAGCGAAUUCAGCCGUGGCAGAUAUCUGUAAACUCGUAGACGACGACUAUGCAGUGUUUCGUUUGGAAAUAACUCAAAGCCAAAAAGAAAACAGGGCAUUGAGGAGGAAACUACAGCUAAUGGAACUGAAGGUGGCACGGGAGCGCGCAGAGAGGACAAUCCGAGAGCGCGCCCUCGCCAGUCGUCCCAGUGGUGUCAAGAUCCUCGACCGAUACAGAGGAACGGCAAGGGGUGAAGGACAUCUCACUGGAGACCACAGGAGCUUUGUGAAGCCAGCAGGACACAAUACGUGGAGAGAUGACCAACCCUUAGCUGUUGAUGAGGGGAGUGGAACCUCAACCCAGCAUGUUAUCGUGAUUGAGGAGGAGGGUCCAGAGGUGCUGCUGGUGAAGGAGGAGGGGUGUGAGGAGAGUCUGGGCAACCCUGAGGGGACCAUGGUCAUGGAGGACAACCAGACUAUACCUCCUCCUGAACCCACCGAGGAACCAGCUGAGCAGCACAGGACCACACACAGUCUCACUGAGCCAGUAGACAUGGAAGAUGGGAAGCCUGAUCUGCUGCUGGUCAAAGAGGAGACAAUAGAAGAUGAACCAGAGAGCAUUGACCUGCUGAGUGGACUAAAGAUGGGGGAGCAAGGUGGUUGGCUAGAGGAUGACAGAGGAGACUGGGCAGCCAUCUUGGAUUCACAGACCCAGACGGAUGCAGCUAAGGGCCCGCGGGACAACAUAGUGGAGGUGGAGUUCAAUCAAGUUGUAGCAACAUCAAGGAUGAUCAAUGGAAACAGGAUGCACCGGAGCUCAAUUUUGAGUGCCAUAGCAAAGUGUCUGAAUACUUAUUCUGCAGUCCAUGAGGACCUGCUGAUAUCCGGUGUUGCUGGCGGGAGAGACUGGACCUCUGAAGCGGCUGGUCACAAAACCUGGCCCCUGAUCAGGACCCUGGAUCAGGAGCCGUCACUGUUCCUUCCGGAGUCUGAACCAGGACUGAACCACGAGGGACAGAGACUCCACCACCACACAGAACACAACCAGUGGACAGAGGGACUGAACAACCUCAGUCCUGGUGGUCAUCAGAGAGACAGAGGCUCCAGUCAGGGAUCCAGUCUGCAGCCCAGACCCUUCUCUUCACAGUCUCAGUGCAGGGAUGAAGCAGGACCUGGGGCUAAUAGAGAUAGACCCUCCUGUUCCUAUGAUACAAACACCACAGUAUCCAUGAUGAACAGAGCAGGUCACCCUGGGCUUCAGCAUUCACAGCGAGUGGUGGGAGACCCCCCUGGUAGUAGCCUAUCAGGAAGCCUGUCUUUUCCUUCAGAGUCUCGUCUAAUGCCUUGUGACUGGGUUCAUAGAAGGACUGGGACUGGACCCGGGUCUAGCCUUCCUCGGUUACCUCAGGGUUACCCCACCAAUACAGACAGGGUCAGGAUAGGUGUUCACCACAAGAAGUACUUAGCCUAUAACACAGCGCACAAUCCCAACAACACCGAAACGAUGGCAAGAGGUCAAGGAGGGAGCUCAAAAGCUCCUGCUUCCACCUCCUCUGGUGUCAUUGGGUCACAACGUGGCAAGCCAAAUAUUAGGGCAGACGCCGACAAGCCGUACAGCUGCGCCACGUGUGGGAAGCACUUCACCCGUGCAAACUAUUUGAAGGAGCAUCAGACAGUUCACACCAAGGAGAGGCCCUUCAAGUGCAAACUAUGUUACAAGAGCUUCCCCUUCCGGAGUAACCUUAUCAGACAUAGGAGUGUCCACAAUGGGGAGAAAUUGUGCAGCAAUGUGCACACAGCAGUAGGCCUCAGUGGGAAUGUUCCAAAAUGCAAUUUCCAGGUAACGCUAGUUGUCGAGCUGCUAACAAUGGCUAACUCUAACAGUAUGGUUUUUCACACUCAAAUAGCCUCCGUAAUGGAGGUGUUAGCGAAUGCAGCCGUGGCAGAGAUCUGUAAACUCGUAGACGACGACUAUGCAGUGUUUCGUUUAGAAAUAACUCAAAGCCAGAAAGAAAACAGGGCAUUACGGAGGAAACUACUGGAAGUUAAGGUGGCACGGGAGCGCGCAGAGAGGACAUUGCGGGAGCGCGUCGUCGCAGGUCGUCCCAGUAGUGUCAAGAUCCUCGACCGAUACAGAGGAAUGGCAAGAGGUGAAGGACAUCUCACUGGAGGCCACAGGAGCUUUGUGAAGUCAGCGGGACGCAAUACAUGGAGAGAUGACCAACCAAUCACUGUCGGUGAGGGGAGUGGAACCUCAACCCAGCACGUUAUCAUGAUAGAGUCUGCAGAGGCUGCAGGUCCUGGAGGAUCCUCUGUGGUCAAGCAGGAGAGGACUGAAGGAGAGGAGGACCCACAACAGAGCAGAGACAUCGAGACUGGAACAGCGGCUGUACUAGUGCCCCCUGCAGCCACGGAUCACCUAUCCACUGCUGCGCCCCAGCCCAGGACGCGAUGCAGCAUGGUGGAGGUCAGUGGAACUUCGAACGCGGCCCUCAAGUCAGAGAUGGACACAGAGACUUUAGUUGUAACACAGAGGCUUUUACACACAGGAUCUGACCACAGGCCAGACCCAGAGAGUCUGGGGCUGGGGAGACUGGUCUGUCCACCUGCUACCGGAUCAGAGUUUUUACUUUACAGUAAUCCGAGACCGAGGACUGUUCAUUCACAUCGGGACUCAGGUGACACAUUAGAGACUGGCAAUGAUCCGUCUUGUUCUUACUCUACAGAGGUGGACCGUGGCAACAUGCCCUUGGAUUUGGAGACACAGACUGAUCUGUCUAGAGCGGACUGGAACCAGUACAGUAGUAGUGUAUACUCUGAAGGGUGCCUAGAUAAGAAAGGGGAGGUUAUAGUGGUUGAUGAAGUGACUGUGAAAGUGGAGGGCGACGCUCUUCUGGCAUGGAAUGUAGACGAGACUCACUUAGGAGAAGGACACUCACAUGGCAGAGAUUUCUUAGAUUACAGGGGAAGCUUAAAGACAAAUCUAAAUGUCCCGACCCACUCCCCUUUACACACAUUCAGGGAUCGCGACCCAGUGUCCACAUCAAUGGCACCUUCCGAUUCACAUGGCCACAUCUUUUUUGAUCAGGUAUUGAACUCAAACGACAUGGCUAGAGCCCAGGCUCAGGGAGGGGGAGCCACAUCAGGUAAUAGUAAAGAGAAACAGUUCCUCUGCAUGUUCUGUAACAAAGGCUUCACCUGCCCUCAGAAGGUGGAGAUCCACCAGAGGGUCCACACAGGAGUGAAACCCUUCAGCUGUACCCAGUGUCACAUGCGCUUCGCCCUGGCUGGCAACCUGAAGAGACACCAGAUGGUCCACACAGGGGAGAAACCCUUCAGCUGCCCCCAGUGUGAGAAGAGGUUCUCCCAGGCUGGUGACCUGAAGAGGCACCAGAGGGUCCACACAGGGGAGAAACCCUUCAGCUGUACCCAGUGUCACAUGCGCUUCGCCCUGGCUGGCAACCUGAAGAUGCACCUGAAGGUCCACACGGGAGAAAAGCCGUUUGCCUGUACACACUGCGGGAAGAGGUUCUCCGAGAGGAGCUACCUCAGUAUACACCAACAGAAAAACCACUCCACUCUAUAACAUAGAAAGUAACCAUUCCACUUGAUAUCCUCUGACAUUUAGAUGAAACCCUGCACAAAGACAAAUAGAUUGAUAUUGUUGUCAGCGGAAUAUAUCCACAGAUUCAUUUAGAAUAACGAGUGUAACAGAUUUCAGUGUUGAAUAUUGCAUCCAGGCAUUGUGUGAUAUACACGGAGUGUAUGAAACAUUAAGAACACCUUCCUAAUAUUGAGUCGUACCACCCCCUUUUGCCCUCAGCACAGACUCUAUUCGUCAGGGACAUGGACUUUACAAGAUGUCGAAAGCAUUUCCCAGGGAUGCUGGCCCGUGUUGACUCCAUUGCCUCCCACAUUUGUGUCAAGUUCCUUUGUGGUGGACUAUUCUUGAUACACACGAGAAACUGUUGAGCUUGAAAAACCCAGCAGCGUUCCAGUUCUUGACACAAACCAGUGCCCCUACUACCAUCCCCCGUUUUAAAGGCACUUAAAUAUUUUCUCUUGCCCAAUAACCCUCUGAAUGGCACACAUACACAAUCCCUGUCUCAAUUGCCUCAAGGCUUAAAAUUCCUUUAACCUGUCUCCUCCCCUUCAUCGACAUUGAUUGAAGUGGAUAUAACAAGUUACAACAAUAAGGGAUCAUAGCUUUCAGCAUAUAUAUAUAUAUAUGCUGUUGGUGGUAGGUGCAGCCAAUCCAGCUACCCUGCGUGCCGGGUAGGCAAACUGUUGCUAUUUCAUGUGUCUGAAGGUACAAACUCUGCCUUCCGGUGGGCCUGGAGAGGAAAUCAAGUGCACUGUGCUACCGCUGGCCAAUCAGAAUGCUCAGAUGACAGAGUCUGCAGUAAAGUAGCAGGCAUGAAAGAAAGCUAUGACAAAAUUGAUACUGUGAGAUUUCAAAACGUUUAAAACCAUGACUAGAGAGAGACUGUCAACGAACACAGCAAAGAGCUGCUGUUUUUAUGAGUGAGUUCAUGUUUAAGUUCUUACUCAGAACUGUCAACACUUUGUAUUUCACACUUUUAUAAACCAUACAAUGCACGUUCUUCCUAUUUCCACUCAGCGCUACAACAAGCAGUGCAGCAGUAAUGAAUGAGGAGGAAAGUGGCUCUAUAAGCCUUGUUAUUCUUAGCGGCUUGGGUCUUUUUUAAUAUCAAGGAAUAUUUCACUUUCUCUGUUCAUAGCAGUAACAACAUGAAUUUGUGCAUGAGGCAGAAAUAAUGUAGUGCGACUCGAGUUUCGCCAUCAGCUGGAAGGCGGUGUCCCUUUAUGGUCAGUGUCAGUGGAGGGGAGGAAAGGGAGGGUGGAGGGAUGUUGAGAGACGGACACUCAGUCUGCUGCUCUCUCCCUCUGCUGAGACUGAACAUCAGAUGCAGGCACCAGCCCAUUAAAAUAAAAAGCAAAUGAUUUAAAUGUAUGCUCACUCAGCUGUCCCUCACAAGUAAUACAACAAUGGAUCUAUUACCGGUGUGAUCAUAUAGCCUACCUCAAAUUUUGAAAUAUAAAUACAGAAAAUGUCCCAAACAACAAUGCAUUGACAGGUAAAUUCAAGCAAAGCCAGUAUGCUGUGAUAAUGUAUUGGGCCUAUAGCUUACUGCACAAACCUCAUUGCUACAGUACUGAUUUGAAUUGGUUAAUGUUGCAUAGGCUUACAUUUAAGUCAUGUUAUUUAAAAAAUCAGAGCGGUAGAUCUCGGCAUGCAUUUUGACUCAAAGGGAUCUUGACUCAGAAUAGGUUGGCGACCACUGGUGUAGGCUAUAUGAUGUUCACAAAUGCCUAUUUCAUUACUUCCAUUCACCUAUUUUAUUUCCCCCCCAAAAAACUCCCUAGUCCUUCCCGAUGAUAAGCAUAUCCAUAACAUGAAGCAGCCGCCACCAUGCUUGAAAAUAUAAAGAGUGGUAAUCAGUGACGUGUUGUUGGAUUUGCCCCAAACUAAACGCUUUGUAUUCAGGACAAAAAGUGCAUUUCUUUGCCAAUUUUUUUGCAGCAUUAAUGAAGUGCCAUGUUGCAAACAGAGGAUGUAUGUUUUGGAAUAUUUGUUUUUCUGUACAACAGAAGCUGUUCAAACCCAGACAUCUUUUAGGGGAACACUUGUGACCUCUCUUUGGGUUAAGCCACAGAAGAAGAGUUGCCAGCAGUUAAAGCUUACAUUUUCUUAGUUGGUAGACCUACUCUGUUUGGGCUGGAAAGGUAUAGGCCCAACUUUUGAAUGUACCAUGCUCAGAUUCCUAAUGAUGUCACAAAUUAAAUGAUUUGCAAACGGACA